AACCAGCGGAUCCGAACCGCCAUUUGCCUUCCCCAGCCGCAGUAGGCAGUAGACUCCAGCCUCGGCCCGCGGCUGCAAAAAGUGCCAUUGCAGUGUAACGACGUACUGUGAUAUUAUUUAUAGUGAUCGAGAUGAAACCGCUUUUAUCGCUCUUUCUUGUGGCGAUAGGAUGUUUCUACACAGGCGAAGCUCAAUCACUGUCGUGUCCGAAGGUACGCACGACCAGCGGUUGGUUGGACCUGUUCCCCAUACCUUGUCGGAAAAGCACCGACUGCUCGAUCAUGGGAACGCAACACCUGUGCUGUAAGGGAUUCUGCACCAAGGGAGUUGUAGCACAAGCGAUACGAGCCACAGAGGAGAGUAGUAUAGUCGAGCUUAGUACGACCACGAGCACUAGCACUAGCACCAGCACUACAACUACUACAACUACAACAACCCCAAGUACCACCACCAGCACGACGACAACCACGACGACGACGACGACGACGCCGAAGCCGACGACAACUACAACAACGGAGCCGCCGCGACCUUUCCUGCAACUGCUGCCCAUACAACUUACACCAACGUCAGCUCCAGUUAAAAUAGGUAAAACACAAAAACUCGCAUGCCCAAAGAAUGUUGCCAUUGGACUGUUCCCAAUCCCUUGUGAGUCGAAUGCACAGUGCCGCGCCAGCAGCGGGCCCGGCCAGGUCUGCUGUGCGGGCCAGUGCGUGAAGGGAGUGCCGGCCCAGCGGCCCGUGUCUGAACAAUCACACCAACCAAUUCUUGGUGUAAUUCCCCGCGAGUGUCCGGCGACGCCGCUCGGCGAGCUGUUAUUCGAAGUGCAGACGUGCAAGACGGACGCGGACUGCUGGCCGCGCGUGUGCUGUCCGGACGGUACCCGCUCCUACUGCCGCACGGCGCGCGCCCGGCUCGACCUCGUGCCGGUCGCCAACCGGAUAGACACGCCUGUCCGCAUGCUGGAGUCCUAUCUACAGUGCACGGCGCCACCGCAAAACGACGCGUUCCCGCAGCGCUGUAGCUCCAGUAUCGACUGCUUCCCGAACCUGUGCUGUGCGGAGGGAGGCAAGAAGCACUGCCGGCCUCCGCAGCGCAGUCUCUUCGCCUUGCUGGCUGGUGCUGCUGCGAGAUUGGGUUGAUCACCAAGUUGAAGAAGAAAAUAGUUUUAUAAGUAUAAUGUAAAUAAUUAGGUAAAAAAAUUGUAUAAACAUAGCAGUAUUUUUGUACUUUUUAAAAUUUUAUAUUAAAUGGAUCUAUUUAUAUUAAA